AUGCCCAAGGAAAAGGUGGACUACAUCCGUCGUGGGAGGGAACUCCGCCGUUUCUUCCUCGAACAUGGUACUGAGGAUAACGACCUCGGCUUCACCCAAAUCGAUCUUGCAUGGAUGGAAAAUUAUUCACCUCCCCAAGAAAGCGAAGAGGGGGAAGAAAUGUUCCCAGACAAGUGGGUGGACGAGUCGGGGUGUGUUACGCAGUCGUUCACAUCGACAAGGGCGCAUUGGAGAAAAGCCAUGAUGAAGUUGGAUAUGGAACAAGGUGCAGGCGGUCAAGGCACUGUGGACGGGGUUGUCGAGGAGCACGUUCUGGAAGAUGUCGAACCUCGUGUUGAGGAUCAAUCACCACCAAAAGGCUCGUCCUUGGGGGCAGGGCUGUCUUCUGUUCGUCGAGCCGCAUCAAAGUUGGGGGAGUAUACUCAAGGAGGAAGCCUCGAGGAGGGCCAGAGCCAGCAAGAACAGCGUCAAAGCCACCCCAUGGACCAGCAGCCGGCCACGUCCGAUGGUGGAAGGGCCUUUUCUGUGGAUAAUCCCUACCGACAAAGCUGUACGCCUCCUCCAAUCAUUUCAACACAACCUGAACGGAUUGUUCAAACAUCUUGGGCUCGUCCGUCUUCCAGAGACCAGACCUUUACGGGAGGCGAGGCGCCAUACUCAGACCGACAUCAAACUUGGGAUCAAGCAUAUCACGGAGACAGCCAGCAUUCGCAACAGGCUAACGUCCCCCAUGGUGUCGAAUAUUCCGUCAAGUCCACUCACCCCGACAACUCCCAAGACUGGACAGCACGUAAUCAUGCUGCCCCCGACCGAUACCCCCCUAGCCCACCCUUCAUCUCCGGUUCAUUCCCAGACGAAACGGCGUUUGAGAGCUCCCACGGUCAUCGAACACAGGUUCCCAACACCCGUGAUGAGGAGAGUUAUCGCCCAUUCGACGAGUGGCGAAAAGCAGCUUAUGCUGGCUCGGGCAUCAAUGACACGCCGGCAAGACCCCGACAGGGCGCUGCUCAGCCAUGCACUCGAUCGCAUCGCACCGAGCCACUGCCAAUUCGUCCUAGAAUCCCCCCUGAGCCUGAGCCUCAAGACAAUCAUUCUUCUGUCCAAUAUCUGCCCCAGCCCCUUCCGACAGAGACUGCUCUAGCCCCAAACAUCGAGCCGAGACCAAUGCGACGUGGGCAUCUUCCGCCAGUCAGUGUGCCGACAUCUCCCACAACUGGUGCGAAGCCCUUGCAUGAGAAAGUCAUGGCGGAGAUUGAGCGUCGUGGGUUGGGUGUACCAACGGAGGAUAAGGCAUCCCGGUCCACCAUGGAGAAGGGAAAAGGACGGGCCGUGGCUGAGCGUGAAGGCAAAGAUUUGCAGGGUGAGACUCGCGCCGACAAAUCAAGUCGUAGGCAUACUCGCACUCACCGUCGCGCUUAG